AUGUCUCAUGAAUUCCCACCAUUGGCGGCUCUUCCGCACCUUACCCUCCACCAAUCUGUGGAGCCGGAGCAGUUCGAUGCGAGCAAAAUUGUCAACGAGUGGCUUUCGUCUUUCACGUCAAAUUUAGCCAAAGGACAGCCUGUUGAUAUCCUUGACCAUUUUCUUGAAAAAGAGUCGUGGUGGAGAGAUUUCGUUUCUUUUUCGUGGGAUAUCGCAUGUCAUAAUGGAACCGAAGCCAUAUGCAGAUAUCUUAGUAGCUCAACGACUGGAUUUGCAGAGGCGAAGGCAGACCAACCCGGCGUAUUGCAAUCGCAAUUAGCUGAUAUGGGAGGACUGAGGUUCAUCCAAUCCGGCUUUACUUUUAAGAACAAUUUCGGCACUGGAAGGGGUGUUCUUAGGCUAGCGAAUGUUGGGCCUGCCCGAUGGAAGGCAUGGACGGUAUUCACUAUGCUUGAGCACUUGAAUAAACCAGAAGCUCUAGACUCAUCAAACACCCAACCUGACGAAGCCCUCCAAGUCUUAGUGGUUGGUGCAGGCCAAUCCGGGCUUGCAAUUGCCAGCCAUCUGAAAGAGCUGGGCCUCAAGUAUCUCGUGGUGGACAAAGCAUCUCAACCAGGGGAUUCAUGGCUGGCUAGAUAUGAAACAAUAAAGUUGCACACGCCUAUCUGGACAGACCACUACCCGUUUAUGAAAUAUCCAACCGACUGGCCUCAAUACUUGGACCAGAAACAUAUCGCAAAGUGGAUGGAGUACUAUGAACAUGCUAUGGGUCUUAACAUCAAGCAUGACACUCUGGCGAGCAAUAUUAAGUACAAUGAACUGGAGCAGCGCUACACCGUCGAUUUGCAGGGCAAGAAUGGCGAUACCGUAACAAUCAAUCCCAGACAUAUCGUCCUAGCGACAGGGUUGUUGAGCGAUAUUCCAAUUCGCCCUACAUUUCCCGGCGAGGAUUCAUUCAAAGGGCAGAUCUACCACACAAGAGAACAUAAAUCGGCGGCGUUGACACCAGACGUGCGGAAUAAAAAGAUCACAAUCAUCGGGUCGGGAACCAGUGCGCACGAUGUUGCCCAGGACUUUGUUAGCCAUGGCGCUGAGACUGUCACGAUGGUGCAGCGCGGCUCUCUGUAUGUGACAUCUCUCAGCUCAUUGGAAAACAUCCAGCUUCCGCUAUGGAAGACUCCUGGAGUGAGCACUGAGGAUGCUGACUUGCUGGGAAACUCUAUGCCAACGGCUGUCGUUCGUACUCUCAGUAUAGGAGCGUCCCAGAUGAUGACCGCAAAUGACAAGGUCCUAUUGGAUGGGCUGCAAAAUGCCGGAAUGGCUGUGAAACAGGGAGACCAAGGCGACAGUUUGGUUGAUCACCAACUGAUUUUGGCGGGUCAUUUUUAUAUUGACCAAGGAGCAAGUCAAAUGAUUAUUGAUGGUCAGAUCCAGGUCCGGAGAUGUGAGCAAGGCGUUCAAGGAUACUACCCCGAUGGAGUUGUUUUGGGCGAUGGGACGAAGGUUGAGUCUGACCUUGUUAUCUUGGCAACGGGCUUCGAGCGUAACAUCAAGGUUAUCGAGCGAAUUAUGGGGAAGGAUGUUAUGGGUAAGGUUGGAGAAGUGUGCAGCUUGGACGAUAGUCAAGAGCGAAUCGGCGUAUGGAGGCCGACCGGCAUGCCGGGAUUCUGGUACAUGACUGGUAGCUUCAUGUGGUCAAGGCAAUUUGCUCCUCUCCUGGCCCUGCAGAUUGCUGCUAUAGAGCGAGGCCUGAACAGUUACGCCUAA